AUGGAGUCUUUCCGCACAAACGGUGUAAAUAUUCAAGGCUCAACCAGAAAGGAUGUGCUUUUUCGGCGGUACUUCAAAUUUCAGCCUCAUAUCUGUAGGAUAAAGCACCAACGUAACGUCCUUAAGAAUCUUGAAGAACGCUUAUCUCAGGCCUCUAAUCAGAACAACGCGCUUCGUGAAAAAAUUAAGCAGCGAGCACUUGACUCGGAGCGGCUUUUGCACACUAUGAGGAUUAAAACGCUCCGAUGUGAAAGAGAUAUCAGAAAUUGCCUGAUGCCCUCGAGUCUUCGAGCGCCAGAUCGCGGAGAUUCAAGUCCCUCCCUCCUAGUUACUCCACCACUGCAGCCUCCACCGUCACCAUCCCUCCUCAACAUCAAUCUCUCUGUGCCACCACCUGCAAUUCCCAUCACGAUGACGACGACUUCGAGUCUCCGGCGCGGCCAGGCGAGUCUGAAACGUCCCACGAGCGGUAGCAGUAGCGGCAACAACGGCAGCGUUAAGACGUGUUAUUCUAGCGGUACCACCGAUCUCUCGUGCGUCCGCAUCGAUCCCUGCGUGAAUUUGGUACUUUCUCGCUUUCUCCGCAGUCUGCGCUCCUCGGAGGCGCAGGUUGCGGCUAACCAGGCCGAGCUACAGCGCUCCAAGUUUACGGAGGACAGUCAAAACGGAAAGCGGAUGAUGAGUCGCCUGCGUGUCUUGGAGAAGGAGAACGCAGAGUUGGCGCGACAAAAGGAGAGUGGGCGACCUGCAAAAAUUGCCAAUCUCAUCGGUCUGCGUCGGCGCUUCAUCGAACGGGUUCGGAUGGAAAGUGCUCACAGUCUUAGAGUAGUGGAAAGUUCAAUACGAAAGCCCCUCUUACCUUUUUUCCCAUCUGCUCGAUCACUAGACACGGAGAAGCUGAUUGAUGAGGCUGAAUCGGAGGUAGAGGUAUUUACCAGUACUCUCCUAAUGUUGCAACGCCAACUCUCCAUCGCUCACGCCACUAUUGAAGUGUUGGCAGUCGCACUCGCCACCGCUCCCGCUUCUUCCUCCGCAUCUACACCGGCAAAGCGGUGCAUCGCUCUGCUUCGCGCUGCUCAGUGGCCACUGCCCUCCGUUCUUGAAUCGGAGGAGGUGGCUAACACGGAGCCCAUCGAGCUUGCCUCUACUGCGCCGCUGCCCUUCCCUUACUCCGACCCUCCAUCCCUCGUCAACACUACUCCCAUCGAUACGCCUUCAGUGACCAAACAGUUGACAUGGGCUCAAACCACACUCACCGAGUUCGUUCAACCAGCACUUCACGGGUUUGGGGUUACGAGCGACGACCCUCAACAGGGAGCAAUGCGCUGA